AUGAGGCACCUCAAUGUGCCAGAUGUGAAGAGUGGCUCCGAGAAGACCAUCACUCCUGAGGAUACCUGGUGCUUGGAGAACUGUGAGUGGUCUGAUGAGGCACAUGGUACCUCUUCUGUCCGUGUUCCUGAGGCAACUGCUGCGAGGCCUGAGGAGUCUGAGGAGUCUGGUGAGGCUCAGGAUCCUGACGAUGAUAGUGAGGAUGAUGCGUCUGACAGCUCUGCGGCUACUGGCGAGGAGGCCCGAUUAGGUAUUCCCGAGAUUCCAGAAAAUGCACGCGUGAGAAAACGACCCAGUCCCGCACCUCCCCGCAGCUCGCUCUCCCCCGAUUCCUCCUGCGACGAGCUCGCCGCCCCGCCCUCGAUCUGCCCCCGCCCCCACGCGCCCUGCCUCAAGAUUCGGCAGCCGCGCCACCACCGACCCCCGGAUCAGGCCGCCGCGCCGCCACCGUUCUUGGAUCCGGCCGCCGCGCCGCCUGCCUCUGCUCCUCACCUGUCCGCCUCCACGCCCGCACGAGGGGAUGCCAAGCCCUCGUGCUCCUCCAUCGGCAGCCACAGGGGGGGCCUCCGGCGCACCUUCCCUUCCUCUCCUUCCUUCUCCCUCACACCCUCUCUCUCUGUUCUCCUGCAGGUACCCGCCAUGGCCAUCAUGGACAGCAGCCAUGCGGCAGGAGCUCGCCACCAAAGUCCCCCGAGCACCGUACGCCCCGAAUCUGGCCGGGAACCGGACGAGGCCGAGCCCUCGCGCCCAGAUCCGCUGCAGCAAUCUCGAAGUUCGUCGCCGCCACCUCGGGCGGUUCAACUGACGCGCCCCGCUUCUGGCACCACCCGCCGGGACGACCACCGGCCCUCCCUAAUCCUGCUGCAGAUUUGUGCACAUAAAGUUCAAAAAUAUAACGGAGAGAAGGAGCAUGUAUGCGUGUGUGUGGUGGUGAGGUUGAGGUUCAGAAAACGUGUGUGGUGAUGGUGAGGUUCAGAAGAACAUGUGUGUGGUGGAGAAAUUCACUAGCUUUUUUAAUCGGGAGACAAGUAAUAGCUUAUUUUGUGCAAACACAAGACAUAAAAAUGUAUGCGUCUUUUAGUAAGAGAAAUAAACAAAUGAUCAAGUAUCGUCCCAUGAAA